CUACCAAAUGGAAACGUGCGCACCCCCCGUCCACUGGCUGUGUACUCCCCAGUAACUUGAUCUCACGAACCAGUGCUGCAACAGCUGAGCGCUAUAUUUAACACUCGCUUAGUACCACAAUUUCUGUUGCAAAUUAAGCUCGCUCUCGCUCCCCUCUCUCGCUCAUACCCACCUCGCACAGAAGCCAUACCGUGUAAUGGAGCAGGAGCUCAACCUUGAACUCACCCUCUUCCACGCCCCGGCCUCGCCGGAGCUGCCGGGCUACUUCGUCUGCAUGUACUGCGACCGCAAGUUCUUCAGCUCGCAGGCGCUCGGCGGCCACCAGAACGCGCACAAGUACGAGCGCAGCCUGGCCAAGCGCCGGAGGGAGAUCGCCGCCGCCGGAGUCGUCCUCGCUGAAGAUAAGAGGGCGAGGAUGGACGAGCACCUGCAGCCUGCUGACGCCGUUGCCGCCGCUCCGGUGUCGAGCAGCAAGAGGAGGUCGUCGGAGCAUGUCUACGGCGUCGAGCGCGCCGACGAGCUGGACCUCACCCUCAGGCUUUAAUUGGUUCCUCUUCGAUCCUCCCUCCACCUUUAAGUGGCCCCGCGUUUGCUUAGAUAAUUUGAUUUCUCGAUCUUUAUGCAUGGUAUGAGUGCAAGAUAGUCAGCUGUUUCGAGGUAACCGUGCGUCAGUGUUGGAUUCCAUCAUGAUCCUCAUGUACUAGUUGUGUAAUAUAAUUGUGUUUUCUCAUGGAAUUUAUCGGCAAGAACUAUUGCCGGUCGACUCCAUCCUGCUAUGCUAUCCAAAGGGCGUGGUAUUUGGUGUGCUCUUCGGUUGUGUCUUGUCUUCUGAUGUUUCUUCUCAAUUAUUAGAGCUUUCAGUUUUUAUCAGGCAUCGAUCUUUAAUUGAAACAAUCUGGUUGGGAGCUUA